AUGGACCAAGAAAUGUGUACAGUCAUGCAGGACCAGGAGGAGCUUGCAAAGCUGAGUGAUCAGCUGCAGUCGCUUCAGCUGCACGGAGCGGGCCAGUUUCAGCACUUGAUGCUAGCAAUGGAGAUGUGCGCGCAGUCUCUGAAGGAGUAUGCUGCAGAGCAUAGUGAGCUCCUUGCGAAGUUCACGAGACUUCAAAACAAUUACGACGCCUUGAGCAUCGGACAACCGAGCGGCGAGAAUGUCGCGCCCGGCCAGUCUUAUGUAAUUGUGCUCAUCGAUGCGCACAGCCACAAGUUCAAAGACGAACUACUUGCUGACAGGAGCAAAGGCGGUCCUCUCACAGCGAGGCGACUCCGCGACUCCGUGGGGGAGUACUUAUUGAGAUACUUACGAGACAAGAGCCAAUGCCGCAUUAUGCUGCAGGCUUACACAAACCUCAAGCAGCUAUCUAUGGAUGCUGCUAAGAAAGGCUUGGUCGACUAUCGGCCACUUUCCCUCGCAACAUUUACUUCCGGAUUUUCCAAUCGGGUCGAUUGCGACUUCAUCGACGUCCAAGAUAAGUCGAACAUACCACAAAAGGUCCAGAAGCGCCUCUGGGACUGUCUUGAGGAUCCGAGGUGCGUGCAGGUGUUCCUAGCUGCUGCAGGAUGCGACCAAUAUACCGAAUCCAUUGAGAAUCUUUCCAAAUACGACGGACGGAUUACUCUUGUCAGGACGCUCUUCCUGGACAAAGCGCAGCAGAAGUCGAGAUUACCUAGUGUGUCAUUUCCCCAAGUCUUCCGAACCCAUGAGAAAGAUUGCGGACGGGUAGCACAAGGCAUUACCUCCCUUGAAGAGACUCAAAAGGUACCAGAUUCACAGGAGUGA